AUGCAUCACCCAACAAGCCUCUCUGGAGCCAGUUCUGUAACUAGCAAACGCUUCCCACUAAUACCUGUAGGAAAAUAUUUCUCCUAUCACUGUGAUGAAUCUUUUGAGACUCCUUCAGGAAGUUACUGGACCACAGUUAACUGUACGGAGAAUGGCUGGUCUCCUACUCCCAGAUGCAUUCUACAAAACGCUCAUAUAGUGUCGAGACAGAUGAGUAAAUAUGCAUCUGGUGAGAGAGUACGUUAUGAAUGUAGGAACUCUUAUGAAAUGUUUGGGGAUGAAGAAGUGAUGUGUGUAAAUGGAAACUGGACAGAACCACCUCAAUGCAAAGAUUCUGCAAGAAAGUGUGGGCCCCCUCCACCUAUUGACAACGGAGACAUUACUUCAUUCCCGUUGUCACUAUAUGCUCCAGAUUCAUCAGUUGAGUAUCAAUGCCAGAACUUGUAUCAACUUGAGGGUAACAAGCGAGUAACAUGUAGAAAUGGACAAUGGUCAGAACCACCAAAAUGCUUACAUGCGUGUCUAAUAUCCCCAGCAAUUCUGGAAAAAUAUAACAUAACAUUGAAAUGGAAAGCCGAAGAGAAACUUUAUUCGAGAACUGGUGAACCAGUUGAAUUUGUGUGUAGAUCUGGAUAUCGUCUUUCACCAAACUCUCAUGCAUUGCGAACAACAUGUCAGGAUGGGAAACUGGAGUAUCCAACUUGUGUAAAAAGACAUCAUCGAUCAUAAAAUGCACACCUUUAUUCAGAACUUUAGUAUUAAAUCAGUUCUCAAUUUCAUUUUUUAAGUAAUGUUUUACUUCUUUUUAUUCAUAAGUAAAAUUUUGGGGUUGAUUUGUGAAAAUGUAAUUAUAAUCUGAGACUGGUGGCUCUCUUCUUAAAAGCACCACAUUAAAACUUGGGAAACAAA